CUAGACCGCUUACGAAAAGAUUGCAAAUCUUUCACGACCCUCCAGUGACCUGAUCAUGAGUUGUGGUUCCCCACGAAAUUGACAUUUGUUCGUGUCCGGGUUUUUGGAGGGUUAGGUUCCUGGCAGGCUAAAUGGCCACGCGCCGUACAGUCAAUUUCGCUCUUAUUGGAAGGAAGGAACACGCGCAAUAAGAAAAGUGCGGGAGAGUAAUGACAAAUAUCGGAAUAUUAGAAGGAUGAGAGGCGCGAAGCGGAGGAGGAGAGGGUGAUGGACACUGGGGAUUGGUCGUACGAAUGUCUGGGUGUUUGGACAAGCCCGAACACGAUGCGCAUUCUCCGUUUCUUUACCCAUAUUGAAGUUGACUUGGUACUGGCGUGCAUAUCCCAUCAUGGGUGCGUUGAGAAAGGAAAUGCGCACAUGUGAAGGCAGUCCGAUAUCCGGUCGACCCGUCUUGACAGAUGCGCAAGCCGUCUCGCAAACCCAAUUCGCGUUCCAGAUACCGUCCACACCCUCGUUUUCGCAUAUCGUAGUAUUCCUCCUACCGGGAACUACGCUUCCAGAUGGCACUGCCGCUGCCGUGUAUGCACAACUCCCCAACACAACCGAGUUCAAGCUACUUGGUGCGAUUGCGAACGAGAAACCGAGCGCUAUCUUCAAGGUCAAUAACAAGGCUGGAGGGCCUGCUGGCGGGGGCGUAGGCGACGACGAUGCAAUGGUCGACGAAGGGACUCCAGCAGCCGCCGACGGCGCCGCACCGGCUCUAGCAUUGGGCAUCUCGGUGGAGCCGGCUGCGCAGGUGGUAGCGAAUCUAGAGCAAAAGAAGGCUCAGGAUGCGGCAGCAUCGGCAGUUCCCAUGACGGGAGGUGAACUCGUGCUGCGAGGGCAGAACACAAUGACUACGAAGGCGCUCGCUCAGCGCAUCAUCAAAAACUGCUACGAUUUCCUGACGAGCUGGGGAACUGGGGAUACGGUACCGUUGAAGGCGUUUCAGGCUUGGUGGACAAAGUUCGAAUCCAAGAUUGAGAGAGACCCGGGAUUCUUAGAGAGGAGCGAUGGCGGAUGA